AUGGAUAACCUAGAUUAAUAAUCUCUAGAACUCGAAUCAUUUCAAAAGCCGGCACAACCCCAAUUGGACAAUGACAUAUUUCAAGUCCUUGAAAACUUAACAAAAGUUCAAAACGAGAAAACAAAGCGAUGUCAAUCUUUUAAAUAAUAAGAAAAUAUACCCAUUCAAUAUAUACAAAACACCCCAAAAGAAGAAUUAGUACUUGAACACGUAAUCUAAUUUAAACGUCAAUUCCAAUAUUAAUUAUACUUCGAGGAUAAGCGAGAAUUAUUUUUAUACCCAAAAAACGAAUGUGAUGUCUACAAAUUUAUAUGUACAACCGUUCGUCCUACAAAACUAGGAUUUUUAGAACUUUAUGACUAUUAAUAAUGCUCUAAAUAUUUAUCCUAAUAUAUUUAAUAUGAAGAAUUAGAUCCUCCAAAUGAAUUUCCUUAAAUAAUUCCUUCUCCAACUAAUGUAGCCGAAUGGCAAAAAGGAGACUGUUUUGAUUUAAGUAUUUUAUUAUGCUCUUUACUUAUAGGUGUUGGCUAUAAUGCUUAUUGUGUGUACGGGAAGGCUCCGCGUGAAAUAACUACAAAAAACGAGUCAUAGAUGGAAUAUCUUUUUUUAGAUAAAGGUAAAUAUGUAGAAUUUGAUGAUAAAAGGCCAAAAGAAAACACCCAAAACAAUGAAUUUAACAUCAAGAAAAAAAUCCCAAUAGUCUCAGCUUGGGAAAAGAAAAAAGAGUAGGAAAGACUAGAUGAAAUAGCUGAAAAAAAACGCAUAGCAAUGACCAUAGAUGAUGAUGAAGCUGAUGAACUAAUCGAAGAUCCUUAUUAAGGCGAAAGACUUCACUGCUGGGUGCUUAUAAGACCUGGUAAAAGGCAGAUUGAGAAGAAUAUCUUCAUUGAACCUUCUACGGGAAGGCUUUAUUCACCUGAAAAUUCACCUUUUGAGUCUAUUGAUUGUGUUUUUAAUAAUAUGAAUUUUUGGAUAAAUAUGAAGCCUGAAUGUGAGGUAAAGAACCUUAAUUUUGAUGAAAUGGAUACGUCUUUAAAUUGGGAAUAUGUUAUGUUGGAUACUUUGUAGUUUUAGGGAAGUACUAGUAAUGAGGAAGAAGGGAAUCCCGAUAUUAUUUUAGAUGAAUAAAAAGAUAAAUAAAAAAACCCGGAAUAAGAUUAACUUCAGGAUAUUGCUUAAUUAUUAGAUAUGGCACCCCCUUGGCCUCCUAAAAUUUACAUUGACAAGGAAAAAUUUAUCAAAGGAAGCCCUUUAGGGGAAGGUACAUUUUUUUUUAAUAGAGUAAAAGUGGAUAACUAUUCCCCUUAUUCUUAAAUUAAUGACGGUUUAGUAUAAAAAAUCAGUAUAUAUGAAGAUUUUAAAAGACUUAAGGUGAAAGAAUAUAGAUAUUUUUAUAAGCAUAGGAGUGAUAAAUUAUCUAUUAGAAGAAGAUUUCCAUUCGAAUUUAAAACUAUAGAAGAUUACGAACCUGCUAAAUAUGAAAAUAAAUAAAUUCCAUAAGCAAUGUAAUAAUGGAAAUAAGUUAUUUAAAUAGACAGACAUAUGAAAGUUAUUAAAUAUUACCCAAAUAGAAAUCAUGAUGGGUUAAUUGAAAGAUUCGAACUUAUAGGAUAAAAGACCAUCCUUUAUUACUAAAAUAGGGAUGACAAAGUCAUUUAUAGGUCUAUUAGGUUUGAUCCAAAAAGGACUUCUGGAAAUUAAAAUAGCGAUAAAACUUUUUAAGAUAAUCAUGUAGGAGAUGUUAUUAUUACUAAAAUGACUUAAAAAUUUGAAAAAAAUCCAAAUUAUCCAGCUAAUGAUUAAAUUUAAAGAAUGGUCAUUGAUUUAAUUAAAGAUAAGGUUAUUAUAUAAUAUCAUAUGAAUGAAGGAGAAAUUACUCCUAUAAUAAAAAUUUAUUCAAGAGAUACUAUGCAUGGAUUUGCAAAAUUAAAUGAACCAGGUGGAGAUAAUAAAAUAGAUGAUCCUUUGGUUUAAUUAGAAAAUACAAAAAUUGUCAAUUUAGAAAAGGAAUGCUUAAAUUAAUUAAAAUAAUAAGAAAAAAUUGCAAAAGAUGAUGAAGGAUAGAUGAGAGAAGAGAAAGUGAAGUUAGAAUAUACUUUACAUGAUAAAGCAAGAAUAAGAUUUAAUAAUUCAUUUAAAAAGAAUGAAGAAGAUAUGGCAAAAGAUGCAGCCGUAAAUGAUUAUUUAUAUCCAUUUUUGGAGAAAAGAAAACUUUUAGGAGAACGAGAAAUACCCUAUUAAUAAGCAAUAGAAAUUAAAAAUGAAUUCAUGUCAAAAUUAAAAGAAAGAUUUUUAUCAAGAGCAGAAAUUAUUUAAAGAAGAUUAGAAGAAUAAAGAUAAAUUUUAGACUAGAAAAAUUAAUAAAUAUCUAAAAAACCAGAAUUAGAUUAAAAAUUGGCUGAAGAAAUUAAAGAAGUAAACUUUAAAAUAGAUAUUCUGGAAUAAAGAGCGCUUAGAUUUGAAUCUAUGGCACUUCAAAAAUAUCAAGAAAUGGAUAAUAAAUUAAAUAAUGAUGGAAGAUUAGCAGCUAUUCAUAGAAAAUGA